AUGUCGAUGCUAAGUGGAUGUGGCUGUCUGGCGGGCAUCGUGCAGAUGCUUCGCAGCUUGCGGCAGAGACUCGGCCAAGGCUGCAGGUGCAGAGAUACCCUUCUUGCAAACCGUGAAGCUGGAGAGGUGUACCGGCUGGAGGAGGCUGCUCGUUCCGUUUCGGAGGAGGAGCUCGCUCGCAUCCUCGGCAACAGCUUUCCGGGCUCAGGGCUGCGACCGGCAGAAAACUGCGAGGACCCGGAGGAUUUAGAGCGACUGCAGGAGGAAUUCCUGGAAAUAGUGCAGAGCUCUGAUUCCCAGGCUGCGCUGCGAGCCGUGGAAUCGGCCACCUCCGAGAUAGUGAAUGCCAGCGACGAGUGUGUGGGCAGUGCCCUGCAUUUCAUUGCUGCCGAGGGGCAUGUGCAGGCAUGCCGUGCUUUACUGGCAAGGAGCGAUUUCGGGCAGGUCAACUCCAGGAACGGAAUCGGCUCUACGGCCCUUCACAUUGCGGCUGCGAAUGACGAGGAGGAGAUUUGCAAGAUGAUCUUGGCUUGCCCAAGGUUCACAGUGGGAGCAGCUGCCGUGAACAACAACGGGCAGACAUCGAUGGAUUUUGCGGCAGAGUUCGGGACUGGACUUUGCUUGGACAUCCUCGAAGCUUCUGGAUGUCGCUAUGGUACAUGCCGUCGGCGAGGGCGACAGGUCCUCACCAGGAGACCUGCGAAUGCGCUGGGUGCACAAGCGGAGGAGGUGGCAGACAUGAACGAGUCCGCGAGCCAUUUGUUGCCGGACUACGUGUCACCACAGUCUUCCUAUUCCGGGAUGUUGUACAGUGGCUUGUUCGCACAGCAAGCACGAUGUGCACAGGCAACGCAGCUGGGUGUUCUGAUGAGCUGCGUGCUGGUGUGCAGAUGGAGGCACAGACGGAAAACCCGCAGAGGCCUCGGAAGACAUGUUGCUCGCUUGCCUGUAGCUGGAAAGUACGACGGACCAGCACUAGACGAGUACUUCGGCUCGGAUCCCUUCCGAGCGCUCGGACGGCUGGUCGAGGUCUUGUCCCGCAUCAACGCUGCUCGCACUGCUUGGCAGGAUUCGAAUUUACCGGUUGCAGUGCGAGGGCAGCAUCUGCGAUCUCAGGUGGCGAGCCUCGGCACAGUUUUUGUCAAGCUGGCGCAGACGAUGGCCACGCGUUCAGACUUGGUCACGAAAGAGCUCGGCAAAGAGUUGGGGCUACUGCAGGACGCAAUGGGCCAGUUCCCAAACGAUGUUGCCAUGCAAACUAUUCGCGAGGAAUUUGGUUGGCAUGGACCCGUUGCCGCGAGUCGAAGCUUGGAAGGUGCGCAGCUGCAGAACCCUGGUGAAAGUGCACCACUUUUCUCUUCUCUGACGGAAGAGCCGGUGGCUGCAGCGUCGUUGGCGCAGGUGUAUCGGGGCACACUCACUGACGGAACCGAGGUUGCUGUCAAGGUUCAAAGGCCUGGACUUGCAGAGCUUGUAGGCCUUGAUUUCUACGUGCUCAGACGAAUCUUCUCCACGGUGAAUGCAGUACUCGGUGCUACAAGGAGUUCUGAGAUCGCUCAGUCGGUCUUGGACGAGGUCGGAGAUGGGCUUUUUGCCGAGCUUGAUUUUGUGCAAGAGGCCAGGCAUUCUGAACUAUUUCAGAGUCUCUAUGGCGAAAAAUGUCCUGACGUGGUCGUGCCUGAGGUUGUUUGGUCCCGGACAAGUACUCGGGUGCUGACGACCACAUGGUUGCAUGGUCGCAAGCCUCGAGACUUGAGCGCACAACAGAAGCUGCGCCUGGUGAACCUUGCAGGGCCGUGCUUGUCGUUGCAAUUAAUGGAUGCCGGUUUCGUGCAUUGUGACCCACAUGAGGGCAACAUGAUGCUUCUAGAUGACGGGCGCCUCGGCUUGAUCGACUUCGGCUUGGUGGCACAGAUGACAGCGGUUCAUCAGGAGAGCAUGGCCUGCGCAAUACUCAGCCUGUUGGCGGAAGAUUACCAAGCACUGGUGCCGUGCUUUCGAGGAAUGGGCAUUCUUAGUUCCGAACGAGAAGAUGACGAGGAUUUGAAGCGACCGGGAGAAGAGCAGCCCUUUGCAGCAGCACUGGAGGAGGCUUUGCAGGGAGGGCAGGGAGAUGCAAAGCGACUGGUGCAGGAUGGCAUGGGCGUUGACCGCCGACGUGCCUUUGGACAGCUGUAUGAGGAGCUGAGCAACUUGGCCUUCCGCUACUACUUCACUUUGCCGUCUUACUAUGUGCUUGUGAUGCGUUCCUUCGUGACGCUGGAAGGAAUAGCUUUCGCUGCCGAUCCGGACUUCAACAUGUACACAACAUCAUCGCCCUUUGCUUUGCGGAGGCUGCUGAUGCCCCGCACCGCCACUGGCAGGAAGCUCCUGGAAGAAACGCUCGUGGAGCGCCAGGAGUCCGGACUGCGGCUGAGGCUGUGGUCUCUUUUGCAAGGCCGGCUCGUGUACGGCAAGAGGUCUUCUAAGGAAGACCCCACCGGCACGGUCUCGAAAACUGUCAUGGAGGUCCUCCUUGCAGUUCCCCAUGGACAGGCCCUGCGACGAGUCCUCGCAGCGCUGGAUAGUGUCAUCCUCAUCGAGGACUUGACGGCACCGGCCACAGCUCCGCUCAGAUGUGUUGCAGCAAAAGUCCUUUUCUCUGGUGGGACAAGGUCUGGCCGUCGCAGGUCUCCUCAGCGGUUGCUCAAGCGGAUAAUGCUGAAACACCUGAAGCGAGCGGCCAAAACCAGGCCGCUGCUGGCCGCGAAGUUUGUUUCCCAGCUUUGCUUCGCACUUGCGCUACGUGCACUGCCUUGGAAGCGAAGAUGA